AUGUUUGACAUUCGACUCCGCUCUUUGAAAGACAACUUCUUCGAUCCAUGCUGUCGCUUUAUACCCAGUCAGAUUACCCCUUAUCACGUCACAGCUGCUGCAUUCCUCGCUGGCCUUCUUUCCUGCUACUGCGCCUAUCUGAAUUCGCCUCUAUUGUCCGCAGGCUUCUGGGCUCUUAACCGCUUUCUUGAUUGCCUAGACGGCGCGUUAGCUCGUCAUCGUAAUACAGCGUCAGACUUAGGGGGCUUUCUCGAUCUUUUGGGAGACUUCAUCGUCUACUCGAUCAUUCCAAUUACCAUCUCAGCCGGACAAGAGUCGACAAUCAGAUGUUGGCAAGCCGUUGCCAUUCUCGAAGCCACGUUCCAUGUGAACAAUUUCAUUUUGUUCUACAUAGCCGCCAUCUCAGAGAAGCGGCAAGCGAAAGACAGUGCAUCGGGAAAAGAAUUGACAAGUUUAAUGAUGCGGCCUGCUUUGGUUGAGGGGUUGGAGAGUGGUGUCUUGUUUACUGGGAUGCUUGUGUUUCCAGGCUAUAUUGAAGGGCUUUGUUGGUUGAUGGCUGUUCUGGUAAGCGUGGGAAUCGUUCAGAGGGUGGCUUGGGUUGUUCCAGCGUUGGGAUGA